CGCCCUCAACACCUCACAACAACCCUCCUCUGCAUCCAACAACACUCUAUCCCAAGACUAUCUCUUGCGUAUUGGCCGACUCUUGACACUAUGCGCUUCCCUUCCUCCGGGCUCGGUGCUGCCCUGGCGCUGGCCGCCACUGCGAGCGCCAUCAUCAUCCCACCAAACCUCGGUAUCGAGAGCAUCGGCGACGACAACAGUAUCGAGACUCUCGGUGUCGAUGCCUACAAGCAGGCCGUCACUGUCGAGUGCCCCGGCUGCCCUGUGGCAUCAGGCGAGAAGACGCUGAAGUGGACUCAGGAUGUCGGGACCUCUUAUCUCAUCGACUUCGAAAUCGGUCAGGACAUGGCCACACUUGAUAUCAGCGGUGCUCAACUGUACCCUCCAUCCUUCAGCCAUUUCUCGGAGCCCUUCACCGUCACACAGGUUGAUGCCGGGUCCGAUAAACCUCUCCGCCUCCGUGUUACCGGCUACUCCUUCCACUACAACACCGCCGAGACUAUCAGCGAAGCUGGUACCGAACUCCUUCCUAUGACUUUUCGAAUCACAUCCGUCGAGACACACUCUGUUUCCCCACCUGCUCUUACCAUUUUCCUCUUGAAGGACAACGCCGGACGUUUGAUGAUCGCGUCUAUCCAACCUGCCCCUGCUGCUAUCGAAGGAAGCCCGAAAGAGCAGACCAAGGAGUGCAGCAAGGAAUGGCCCCUCGUCUGCAAGUGGAAGUCUAUCGUCGCCGACAAGUUCGAAGCCAUCAAGACAAAGCUUUCGAAAGGCUGCCACAAGAGCAAGCGGCCAGGCGCACAUGGCAAGCACGCCCAUCGCCCUGGCCGUCCCCAUCAUCGCCCGCAUCACUCUGAAAACCAGGAUGGUCACCGUCCCCACCGCCAUCAUCAUCACCAUUCCAAGGCCCUGGCCCGCGCCCGCUGGUUGCUCUUCACGAUUGUCUUCCCCAUCAUUGUUGGAAUCUUCGCCGGUGCGCUCACCUACAUCAUCGGCAUGGUUAUCGGUUCCGCCAUUGCCCUUAUAUGGGCCAAGAUCCGUGGCGUAAGGGCAGGGAAUUAUGAGAGUGUCGCCCAAAACGACGAAGAAGCCGUCGAUCCCAAGGGCAGCGACAAAGAGGUCUACUCGGAUCUCCCCGACUAUGAGGGCGAGGCACCACCGGUGUACGAGGAGGCUUCUGAGAAGGAGGUUGUUACUGACGAAAACUAAAUUGGACUUUUCCUCAAGUUGGGGAGUCCUAGUUCUGGUGCUAUGAAUCCGAUUGAGGCCGGGUAGAGAGUAAUUGAUUGCGCUAGGCGUUUCUUUGCGUUCUUUCAACUGUCUAAAUAUCUGUCUUCUUCCGACGUGACUUGCUAAGGCUCUGGCACGACUUGCUCAUUCUCUUGCGUUUCAUAGGUAGAUCAAUUGUAUAGCAAU